ACAGAUCCCGGGGUGCUGGGGGAGGCAGGGGAUGGAUCCUGGAGAGCGUAUGAGGGUGCACAAUGAAUCCUGGGGUGCUGGGGAGGUGGGAGGGUACAGGACAGAUCCUGGGGUUCCAUGGAGGACGUGGGACAGAUCUGGCCAUGACCCCCCUCCCCUCCCCACACAGGAUCGCAAGCAGCAACAACCUGAACAAGUCGGAGAGUGACCAGGAGGACAAUGAUGACAUCAACGACAACGACUGGUCCUACGGCUCCGAGAAGAAAGCAAAGAAGAGGAAAUCAGAUAAGAACCCCAACUCGCCCCGCAGGUCCAAGUCCCUGAAACACAAAAAUGGUGAGGGG